AUGCAACUCGCGAUCUUACAUCUGAUGGAGCAAAUCAGUUACCUAUGGGUCGUUUGGAAGCAGGCACAUUGCACUGGGCAGUCAGCAGCUUUAUCAGGCUUUACAUGUCUUCAAAGUUUCGAGAAUCGGUUCAGUGGUGCCGUCAACCUCUCCACCGAAUUCCAAACUAUGUAUUGGACUUGA